AUGCGGGCUCUCGACGUGUUCAAGAUCUACAUGCCCAUCUUCUCCAGGGACUACGCGUCGAGCUCGUGGUGCCUCCGCGAGGUUGCGCACAUGGUGGACUGCGAGGCAAGGUCAAAUGGGAAUAAGGAGAUCUUGCCGGUGUUCUACGACGUGUCGCCUUCGGAUGUCAGGCUCAGGACUGAGCGGUACAGGAAUGCCAUGACCAAGCACAGCAAGAGGUUUGGGGCUGAGGAAGUGAAGAGGUGGGGGGAUGCUCUUGUUAAAGUUGCUGAAUUGAAGGGAUGGGACCUCAAAGCGAGAGGGCAUGGGGAAGCUAUUAAAUUGAUCAUCCGAGAGGUUUUGGUUAAGUUGAAGAUAAAACAUAAGAAUGUGACAAAUCAAUUGGUUGGAGCGGAUGAUCGUGUUGAAGACAUAAUGAAGCUCUUGGAUGUUGACCGUGAAGGCAUUUGUUUUGUUAGUAUUCACUGGAUGGGCGGCUUUGGUAAAACAACUCUUGUUAAGGUUUUGUUCAACCAACUGUGUUCGCACUUUGAUGAUUGCUGCUUUCUUGGCAAUGUUCGAGAAUCAUCUGAAAAAGAAGGCCUAGUAAAUUUGCAGAAGCAAAUAUAUUCCGACAUUCUCGACUCUAGAUUCGUGGACAGCAUUCAUGACACUGGUGAUGAGAUCAACCAGAUCGGGACAAGAUUUCGCAACAAAAAGGUCCUCAUCGUUUUGGAUGAUGUGGAUAAAGAAGAACAACUGGAGAAACUAGCAGGGGCACAAGAUUGGCUUGGUUCAGGAAGUAGGAUUAUCAUUACAACCAGGAAUGAAAAUACUUUAAGAAUUGUUGAUGGUGAUACAUUAUGGAUGCAUGACCAUCUCAAAGAUCUCGGGAGGCAAAUUGUUCAGAGGGAGUGCUUACAUGACCCGGGAGAGCAUAGCAGGGUGUGGAUUUGUGAGGAAGCUCUGGACAUUGUAAGAAUAAAGCAGAGAAAGAAAAAAGUUCAGGCACUCAUAUUAACUAGAAGUCAUUAUAAACCACUUGUGAUUAUGGAUGACGUGCUUAGUCGGUUGCCCAACCUAAGGUUCCUUGAAUUAGAGGAGGGAACCUUUGCCGGAGACUUUGGGGAUGAUUUUUCGAAGUUAAGAUGGAUUUCUUGGUAUUCUCCUAGGCCAUUGGAUCUUGAGGUAGCCAAUCUAUCUAUGAAGAAUUUGGUUGUCUUUGAGAUCAUUGCAGGCAGCAUCACAGAUGACUGGAGCGCAUGGAGCCUAAUCAAGAUGGCAAAGAAUCUGAAAGUUCUAAACCUCAAAGGAUGUGAAGGCAUAACUAGAACACCGGACAUCUUUGCAUGCUUCAGUCUAGAGAGGCUGAGUUUCUAUAAUUGCAUAAACUUGGUUAAGAUUGACCCCUCCAUUGAGAAGCUAAAGCGCCUGAUUUACUUAAAUCUUAAAGAGUGCCUCUCUCUUAAGGAUUUGCCUGAAGAAGUUGGAAGGUACACACAAAUUAGCAUACUUCCAGAGACUAUUGGGAAGCUUGUGAAACUCUUGUCUGUCCUUAUUCUAAGUACUAAAAUUGUUGAGUUGCCAGAUUCGAUUGGAAAUCUGAAGAAAUUGAAAGUGAUAUUGAUGGAAAAUACUCCAAUAAGGAAAUUGCCUAGUACUAUUGGAAUGUUAAAGAAUCUGGAAGAGCUACAUGCCAGUGAUUGUGAAGAAUUAAGAGGUGAAAUUCCGAGGGAAAUUGGCGCAUUGUCCUCUUUGAAAGUCCUCGAGUCGUCAGAUGCCCAUAUAUCUUGA